CUUGGGCCAGUUCAUUGCCGAUCAAAACUCCAGGGGGAAGAGAAGGGUGGCUUCGACCUCCAUAGCCAUCGUACGAACCUCUCCGAUUCGGAGCUCCGGAGCCGCAAUUCCGACCCGUUUCCCCGCCGGCAGCCGCGCUCGGCUCGCUCCUCCUCCGCCGCCGGAAUCGAGCGAGCUCGUUCCGUCGUUUCCUCCACCCCAUCCGGCGUCGCGAUUGAAGAGGUGACAAAGUUGUACCUUUUACUCGAGGGCAUAUAACUGAUCCUUAUGUCCACCAGCAUUGCAGUUUUGUCAUGUUUCAGUCUGCUUAUCAGAUAUGUGACAUUGAUGAAUUAGAGACGCUGGUGCAAUGGCAUCAUCCAGUAAAUUUGAUCUGUCUUCUAGCAGCCCUGAUAGGUCACUAUAUGGCAGUGGGUCGCGUGGAUCCCACAUAGCAACUCCAAUGGAGAGGUCAGGCAGCUUUCGUGAGAGCAUGGAGAAUUCAAUGUCAAGGAACAGUUCUUCAACACCACAGGCGGAAGUUAUGAAUUUCUUCCAAUACUUACCAUUUGAUUCGAAAUUGAUGGCUGCGGAUUAUAGGUCUAAUAAACACGGUGACUUAAAACGAGGUAUAAUUGUUGCUCUGGGCUUUUCAGCCGAUGAUUCUCCUUUAAACAUUUCAAAAGGCAAGCCAUCUCUGGAGGAGCUUAAACGAAGUUUGCGUGAAACUUCUAAUAAAGCCAGGGAACGAGCAAGAAUAUUUGGCGAAGCAUUAUUGACACUAAACGAGUUUUUCCCUGGUCUAACUACAAAGAAGAGAUCUCGUCCUGAUGUUUUUUCCAAUGAUCGCUCUGGUGCCAUGAUAUCAAGUGACCGAUCUAUGGUUGGAUCGGGCCUUGCUAAGAUAGGAACCCAAAAUAACGCCAGCACUGGUGCUUUUGAGCUUGGCCAGCAAAAGUCCGAGGACCGAACUAAAGGCUCAGUUCCAAAUAAACGCACUCGGACCUCAUUAAUGGAUGCAAAGACGGAUGCACGGGCUAAUACAUCAGUAAGGACAUCUGGGCCUGCUGAUAGGGAAAGGGAACUGCCUAAGCUAGCAAAUAGUGGUGCCCCUCAGUGUGAGGAAAGGACACGGUCAAUCGGCGUUGAUGGUUGGGAAAAGUCUAAAAUGAAGAAGAAACGAUCUGGAAUAAAGUCGGUAUCCCCAGGUGUAUCCUCCGCUAAACCUGCCGAUGGUUACCGGGAUUCCAAGCAAGGAAUGCAGCAAAGAUCUGUUAACGAUGCCCGACCAAAGUUGAAUAAUGAGUCAAAUGAGCUCAGGCCAGGAGUUGGUAAUGGAUCCCCUGGAGUUGGAAAAGCAGAAGCUAUCUCUCAAAAUAGCUUCUGUGCACGUACUUCAUUACCUAAGGCUGACCUGGACAGCAGUUCCCGUGACAAGAAAGAUCGUCCUAUCUCAGACAAGGAACGGAUAAAUCUCAAAGCUGUUAAUAAGACAAAUGCCCGUGAUGAUUUAACUUCUGCAAGUCCUACAUCUAGCACAAGAAUGACUGCAUCUGUUAGAGGUCCAAGAUCAAGUUCUGGCGUUGCGCCUAAGUUGUCCCCAGUUGUCAACAGUCCAACUGUGUCUAAUGAUUGGGAGAUCCCCAAUUGUACAACCAAGUCUUCUGUUGCUGUUGGGGCACAAAGUCGCAAACGCACAGCAUCAGGGCGAUCUUCUUCUCCACCUGUUGCUUGCUGGCCAAGGCCUCAGAAAAUUCCCCGAACUGCUAGGAGAAGAAAUUUUGUUCCAUCUGUUCCCAGUAAUGACGAAACCUCUCCUAUGGAUACCAGUUCUGAUGUUGUGGGAAAUGAAGUUGGAUUGGGGUUUCCCAGACGUAUGCCAAGCAGUUCUCCUCAGCCUGUUAGAUUGAAAGCUGACCCAUUAUCUUCCACCCCGUUAUCAGAAGGCGAGGACAUGGCUGCUGAAUUUAAAUCAAGGGAUAAAACCAAGAAGUCUGAUGAAGUGGAUGAGAAAUCUGGCCAUUCUGUACAGAAGAUUUCUACUUUGGUAUCAUCAUCAAGGAAGAAUAAGUUAAUUCCAAGGGAGGACUUAGGAGAUGGUGUCCGAAGGCAAGGGAGGAGUGGGCGCGGUUUUACUUCCUCCAGAUCGCUCUUGCCAGUAUCAAGUGAGAAACUUGGCAAUGAGGACACUGCACAACCUCUUAAAAGUGCCAAACUUGGUUUGGACAGAACUGAAAGCAAAGCUGGCCGUCCAACAUCUAGGAAACUUUCUGACAGAAAGGCCUAUACUCGUCAACGGCAUCAAUCAGUCAAUGUGGCUGCAGAUUUUCUGGUUGGCUCUGAUGAUGGGCAUGAAGAGCUAUUGGCUGCUGCCAAUGCUGUCGUUAAUCCAUCUCAUGUGGUCCCGAACGAGUUUUUGAUGCAAAUGGAAGCGGUCUUUGGUUUUAUAUUUGAUGAAGACAUUGCUUAUUUGAAGCAACAGGGAAAUUUUGAUUCUGUAACUCAAACACCAAAUCUUGUUGCUACCGAUACAGAUAAUUGGUGUAGUUAUCCCAAUGGGUUUGGGUUGGUUGAAGGGGAAAGGCAGAUGGGGCUUGAUCUUGCUGGACAGAUGGAAGUAGCAGCGCCAGAUCAAAACACGAUCCCUCUUUGUCAGAGGCUCAUAGCGGCCCUAAUUCCAGAGGAGGAGGCUGAUUGUGGCAGCUUUGAAAAUGAUGAUCUCAUAAAUGAUGCACAUGGAUCAAGGCUCAAGCUAGAUAGAGAAAUGGAUUUAAAUAGUUUUAGUUGCCAACCACUUCAUAACCAUCGGUAUUCUAGUGCCCUGGGUCUCAAUGGUCACAUGGUAUCUUGCAUUCCUGACCAUGAAGAGCAUGACAAUGAUAUUGUCGACAUGAUAAGGACAGGGAUAAAUUCAGGCUUUGAACAUCCAAUAAAUGGAUUAGUCAGAGACCAAAUAAUGAUGCCGAGCACGGGGCAUUCAGAAGUUAAAUAUGAUUGCAUGAGUAUAGAUGAAAGACUUAUCCUGGAGGUUCACAGUAUUGCGCUCUUCCCUGAGGCCAUGCCUCAUGGUGAGCAAAUGGAGAGGAAAGGAGUCAAUGAUGAGAUCAUGCAAUUAGUGGAGAAAUACCACAUGCAGGUAUCCAAGAACAAAGGUUUUUUGGAAAGACUGAUCAAGGUUGCUGCAGAAACAAAAGAAACUCAAGAAAAGGAGUUCGAACAACAUGCGAUGGAGAAGCUCGUAGAAAUGGCUUACAAGAAGUAUAUGAUGUGUGGGGGUUCAAAUCCCACCAGUGGGAAGAGUUCAACCAACAAGAUGGCCAAGCAAGCUGCUUUGGCAUUUGUUAAACGUACGUUAGACCGGUGCAAACAAUAUGAAAAGACUGGCAAGAGCUGCUUCAGUGAGCCCUUGUUUAGGGAUAUCUUUCUGAGUGGGACUUCUCGUCGAACAGUUUUGGAAGCUUCCAAGGGUUCACAGCAAAGUCCUUCCGUGUCCCUUAUUGGUCAAAAAAUGGAUAAUUGUGACAUGAAUUCCAUGGACGUGCCACUGCCUGGAAAUCUUGUGGCUGAACAAAGCACUGGUAAAGAAGAUUUAUGCUUCAAUAGAGUAAAGAAGAGGGAAUUGUCGCUCCAUGAGGUUGUAGCUGGUACAAUUGGAAAUUCUUCCACUUCACCAUCAGUCCUUGGAACUUCUCUGUCUAGCAGCACUAAAGGAAAGAGGAGUGAGAGGGACAGAGAAGGAAAGGUGCUAUCUAGAACGGGAAAUAAUAAAAGCAAUCGAUCAGCAGUAUUUACUGCCAAGGGAGAAAGAAAAUCUAAAGCGAAGCCCAAGCAGAAAAUGACUCAAUUAUCGGUAUCUAUCAAUGGACUUCUUGGAACAUCAGAACAGCCAAAAUCAACAUUGCCUUCUGGUUCCAAGGUAGUGACAGCCAGUAGUAAUUCCAAGGAAAAACUUGGCUUUAGUUUUGAUGGGCUUGAGGACCCAAUUGAUUUGUCAGGUCUGCAGCUACCAGGAAUUGAUGAACUUGGUGUUUCCGAUGAUUUGGAUAACCAUGGCCAAGACCUUGCUUCAUGGUUGAACAUUGAAGAUGAUAAUCUGCAAGAGAAUGACUUUAUGGGGCUUGAAAUUCCUAUGGAUGAUCUUUCAGACGUAAAUAUGAUGGUUUGAAGUUGUUUCUCUGUAUAGUCUUAUUAAUUAUACUGUUGACAAAAAGACACAAACUGCAGUUGUUAAAGGAACAACCUACUUUGAAGGGGUGCAAUCAAGUCAACAAAAUUAGGUUAUAUAGAUUCUUUUGUAGUCUUCUUCAGAAGUUGAUCUUGAAGUGAGCCUUUCAGAUGUUUUCGAUUUUGCCUCUGUACUAAGGUGGUGACCCUGAAUGUAAAGAUCUUGCUCAACGUACAAGUUAGUAUUUGUAGGGACUAUAUCUUUGCAAAAAUGUACAAUGCCUCUUGUACAUACAUUUCUGAUUUCAAAUAAUAUCAUCUUUUCAUUGGAGGAAA